AUGGCUCAAUCAGUAGAUACCCAACAAGACUCAUCCGACAAUACUCCAACAAACAAUUGCAGUACAAGUACUGCAAAUAAUCAACAAACCGAGCAAGAUGGUCAACAUUCUAUUCAGAAUUCUAUUUCCGAAUGUUUAAAAAAACCACUUUCUAUCCAUUCACCUUCCUUUGAACCACCUCUUCAUGUUUUACAACAAACAAUUAGACAAGAGAGAGUACUUUUUCAACAAGUGAACUCUCCUCUAACAGAUGAAUUUAAAACUUGUGUUGUAAGAUUGAGAGGAUUACCUUGGACAAGCACAGUCCAGGAUAUUGCAGAAUUCUUUUCUGAAUUCAAACUUGCUAAAAAGGAACAAUCCAAAGAUGAUACCGACUUGUCAUCAUCUGAAAUUCAACCAACAAUAGAACAGCCAAGUACUUGCAUAGUAGAUUCAAGCUCUCCAUCACAGUUAACCUAUGCAGCUAUAGUAUCUAUGGGCGUUUCAAGUAAUGAGCAAAUAACUGAUAUUGAACAAGUAAUCCAACAACCAAUUAAGCAAUACAAAAUUUCAGUAGAUACAGCAAAGGAUAUGGAUAUUAUACUAAUGUUAAACUAUUUUGGAAAAUCAACUGGUGAAGCCUAUGUCAGAUUUGAAUCUGAAGAAGAGCUCGAAAAAGCAAGAAAAACUAUGGAUAAGAAGAAUUUAGGUAGCAGAUAUAUUGAAAUUUUUAAAUCUACCAUUGAAGAAAUGGAACAUUCUAGAAGAGUAUUAGAAAGAAACUUGAAGAAUUUGAAUAAUUCUAAAAUUUUAAAGAUGCGUAAUGUACCAUUUUCUGCAACUGAAGAUGAAAUUGAAACAUUCUUCUCUGGACUCACUAUUGCAACUGUUCAAUCAAGAAAUCAAGCUGAACAAUCAAAUGAGACUAGAAGAAGAAAAGUGUACUUUGUUUUAAACCCAAUGAAUGGUAAAAGAACUGGUGAAGUUUUCGUUGAGUUUACUUGUCAUGACCAAAUGUUACAAGCCGCCAAGAGAAACAAGGAAAAAAUUAGAAAUAGAUAUAUUGAAUUAUUCCAUAGUAGUAUUUCAGAAUUGAGAGCAUCUCAAUACUAUAUUCAACAACAACAACAACAAAAUUACUUUCCAUACCAACAUAUUACAAGACCUAGAAUAUCAGGUGUACAAAAUAGAAAGUCCAAUUUCAUUGUAAAAAUUGAAGGUUUACCAACUAGUUUUGAAGAAAAUGAAAUUGCUGAGCUCUUUAAUGGUUUAUCUUUAUCCGAAGCAGGAAUUCAUCUCAUUUUUGGUGAAGAUGAAUGUUCUACAGGUGAAGCUUUUGUUGAAUUUGUAAAUGAAGAAAGUUUUGCCAAAGCUCUAGAACAAAAUGAUACUACUAUUUCUUCAGUGGAUGAAAAUAAUGUAGAACAACAAAAUACCAUCAAAGUAAUAGCAUCUGAUCGAGCUGAAAUGUUGUCAGUAUGUGGCAUUGAGGAGGAGGAGGAGGAACAAGAUGAAGAGGAAGAACCAUCUAACAAUACUACACUUGAAACAACACUCGAUCAAACCAACCAUAACGAUUACUCAAAGAGAAGAUUUAAUUAUAACAAUAACUUUGCUUAUCCAAUGGUGUAUUAUGUUCCUUCCUAUACUCCAUAUUAUGUCAAUCCUUAUUUUCAACAACAAGGACAAUCAUUUAGAAAUAAUUUAGAUCCAAACACAGAUUCAACAAUUGUUAAACAACCAUUCAAAUAUAAGUUAUUCGAACAUCCAGAAAGAACUCUAAAGAUGCGUGGAUUACCAUUCUCUUCAACUGAAAAGGAAAUUGCAGAAUUCUUUGCAGGAUAUGAUUUUGAGGAGGAUUCAAUAAGAUUCAAGAUGGAUUUCAAAAGAAAUCGUCAAACAGGAAUUUGCUACAUUAGGUUCAGAACCAAGACUGAGGCUGAAAGGGCAGCCAAUGAAAGAAAUAGAUGUAAUAUUGGCGAUCGUUACAUUGAACUUUUUACAAUCACUCCAAAAACGUAAUUAAAAUUUACUUUGAUUUAUG